AUGUCUCAUCAAAGGAUCAAAGGGAACACUGACUGCCGGGGUAUUGCACAGCUCGAUGCCAUUUUCAAAUCCGUUUCUGUUUUUUUCCAAAGUUCUGCUUCAAAGCUGACCCGAAGAAAUACGCACACGGGAGGGAGGGAGGGGAAAGAAAAGGCACGCGUUGUUUUGGCGUUGACCCUACCAAUUCAGGGGCCCAGAAAGCGAGGAUAUGAUACAAUACGCACGGCAGGACAACACCCGUCUACAGACUAUGGAUACGGUUCUAUCACCGUAAAACCUGCCAAUCCCAUUCUUCACCAGGCCGGUUUCAGUUUAACCUCGCUACCAAUGCCGCGGGAUUCAUCAGACGCGAGCACCUGGGAGCGAGUAGGAAGCGAAGCCGCUGUUGGUCAAGCAUCCGAACCAGGAGCGGCAAGCGACAACUCAAGCACGAUAUCCCAGGGCGAGCACGUCCGUUUCCUGAAUCCACUCGUGCGCAACAUUUCUCCUUUGGGAGGGGCGUCAGGCCGCAAAGAGGGCCUUGGUCUGUCAGGCAGACCAACGCAGCAAGGCACGAUUUUGGACAAGUACCGCCUCAGCACGGCACACGAACUAGGUAGCACUGCUAGCAUUGCCAGGGACUCCGUGCUCUAA